UAUAUUAUGCUUUAUUAAGUCUAUGUAUUAUUCUCAGAGACUGAUUCUGAUUCUCUGCUAUUCUUCUGAAUUCAGAGUGGUUAUUGAAUAACGUUGAAAUAAUUAUUGUAAUUCGCAAAAACACAAAUUGUGACAUUUAGUUACCAAUCGUCUGGACAAAGCAAUUUUGAUUGCUGAAUUUCAAGUGAACAACAUCAAACAUGGACCAGCAAAAUGAACACCUCGUUUGUCACCUAUGUGGAAAACAAUUUUCCAGUGUGUCGAACAAAAAUCGGCACCUGAAAAAAAUGCAUAACCAAGCACUUGGAGGAAAAAAAACAAAGCAUGUUAAAUGCCCACUUUGCUCUGACGAGGAUAAAAUAUCAUUUGGAUCCCACGAACAUUUGAUAGAUCAUUUGGAGCAGAUGCAUUCUUUGGUAAUCCAACAGUCUAGCCAUCAUUUUGAAAACAAGGAAGAUUUUGAGGCUUGGAGAUCUCUUUCCAACAGGAAUGUAGAUUAUAUUUUAGAACGAGCAGUUAAAACUAAUUCUGCUGAAGAAUAUAUUUAUUAUAACUGCAAUCGUAGUAAUACUAUAGAAUAUGUGAGUCAGUGUAGCCAACGAAAUAUGAAGAAGGGAGGCAGCAUUAAGAUAUCUGGAUUAUGUCCAUCAAGAAUUUCUGUUAAAAUUAACAGUUCUGGAGUAGCGGUUAAAUAUAUCGAGACACAUGUUGGUCAUAAUGUUGAACUUCAAUCUAAACGUCUCUCCAAUACUCAGCAGGAAAUGCUCGCAAACAAACUUGUUGCCGGAGUAACUAAGGAAAGCGUUCUUGAAGAUGCAAGGUUCAUCAAUGAAGGAAAAUUAGAAAGAAUGAAUAUUUUAACAAGAGGAGAUCUCUCAUAUAUCAUUCGAAAAUUCAAUAUAAACAAACAGCGACAUGCAGAUUUUAUGACAGCAACAGCCUUAAAAGUGGAAGAAUUGAACAGUCAAGAUGAAAACACAGAAUCUCAAAAUACUGUUUCCAUUGAUCCUAGUACCAAGCGUGAGACUGUAUUGAAAGAUACAUUCCUGAAAUUAAAAUCAUUGGAUGAUGAAGAAUUUUAUAAGAUGGUAGAGAUUAUCAAUAAAACUUAUAAUAGUUCUCAAGCCAAAAAAACCCAAAGAGUAGAAAAAAGGAAAAUAGAAAAGCAAUUAUAUUAUCCUAACAAAAAGUAGAAUAUUAUGAAUGUUGGUGAUGG